UCUUAUCUAUUCUAACAAGUGAUGUUACAUUGUUUCCGAUACAAUGAUUACAAGAAAGUUAUUACGCGAUCCAGUGAAUUAGAUCUAGACAAUCUAAUAUAUUUGAAAAAGUUAUGUUGAAAUUAUUAUUGAUAAAGCAAUGAUUACAGAAAACUUAUCGGCUUGAAAUAAACAAUAAUGCAGCAAAUAGAGGAGACGUGGUGUGUUGACAUAGGUGUUGGAUGAUUGUGUGUAGUGUAAAACCGCCGUAAUGAGUACUAACGCGGGACGUAAACCGGGUGCAGGAGGAAGCGGCAAGAGUGAAGACAAGGCGGAGAAGGGAGGGGGAACCGCCAAAGAUGCCAGCAAAGAUGAUAAGGGCGAUGGCACUCCGGGUGCACCGGCACGCCAGAACAGUGCCGGGGCGUCUGGUCGAGACAUCUCGGCACGCAUCCUCCAGCUGUCGCAGAAGGGGGACUGGCCCCCCAUGGACCAGGUCAUCAAGAGCCUCGAGAAGCUGGUGGCCAGUGGAGGCGAGGAUGUCAACCCACAGCCGCUGGCCGGCAUAGCUGAUCAUGCGACGGGGAUGACACCUCUGAUGUAUGCAGUCAAGGAGAAUCGAACUUCGUUUGUAGAUCGACUCAUAGAACUGGGAUGUGACGUCACUGCCAGAAAUAAUGACAACUACAAUGCUCUCCACGUGGCUUCCAUGUUCUCCAGAGAGGAGAUUGUCAAGCUGUUGCUGGCAAAAAAAGGAGUCGAUAUCUACGCUCCUGGCGGGCCAAAACAGCAGACUGCUGUUCACCUGGUGGCGAGUAGACAAACCGGCACUGCUACAAGCAUUCUCAGGGCACUGCUUGCAGCUGCAGGACGAGAUAUCAGGAUCAGGCCAGAUGGUAAAGGCAAGAUUCCGCUGUUGCUGGCCGUGGAGGCGGGGAACCAGUCCAUGUGUCGAGAACUGUUGGCUCAGCAAACGGCCGAUCAGCUGCGCGCGACAACUGACAACGGAGACACGGCGCUGCAUUUAGCGGCAAGGCGGAGAGACGUCGAUAUGGUGCGCAUAUUGGUCGACUACGGGGCCAAUGUCGAUAGUCAAAACGACGAUGGACAAACGCCUCUUCACAUAGCCUCCGCAGAAGGUGACGAAACUUUAGUCAAAUAUUUCUACGGAGUCCGUGCCAGUGCUUCCAUAGCUGACCGUCAAGAUCGGACGCCAAUGCAUUUAGCAGCCGAGAACGGUCAUGCGUCGGUUAUUGAGAUCCUCGCCGACAAAUUCAAGGCGUCUAUCUACGAGCGAACCAAAGAUGGCAGCACUCUGAUGCAUAUUGCAUCGCUCAACGGUCAUGCCGACUGUGCCAUGAUGCUAUUCAAGAAGGGGGUCUAUCUACAUAUGCCAAACAAGAAUGGUGCACGAAGUAUACAUACAGCUGCCAUGUACGGACAUACAGGCAUCAUAAAUACAUUAUUAUUGAAAGGAGAGAAAGUCGAUGUAACCACUAGUGAUAACUACACUCCUUUACACAUAGCAACAGAGGCCUGCAAGCCAUCAGUUGUUGAAACUCUGCUCGGCUACGGAGCGGACGUUCAUGUGAGGGGUGGGAAACUGCUAGAAACGCCGCUGCAUAUUGCCGCGCGGGUGAAAGAGGGGGACCGAUGUGCGUUGAUGCUGCUCAAGUCAGGUGCCAACACCAAUUUGCCCAUGGAGAAUGGACAGACUGCCAUCCACAUAUCAGCCAUGCAGGGCAACGAGCAUGCCCUCAUGCUGCUCCUCGAAGACGGCGGUGAUCCGCUUAGGAAAUCAAAAAACGGCGAAACGCCCCUGCACCUAGCCUGCGCCAGCUGCAAAUCGGACAUCGUGAAGAAGCUGAUAGACUUUGUUCGUGAGAAGCAGGGCGCCGAAACGGCCACCACCUAUGUGAACAUGGUGAACGACGAGGGUGCCAGUCCGCUGCAUUACGGCGCACGCAUCUCCAAAAAGCAGGUCACCGGAGAAAUGGAGGACAAGGAGGUGGUCAGGCUGCUGCUCGAGAAUGGCGCCGAGACGUCAUUGCAGACAAAAAAUACGCUAGAAACAGUGUUCCACAACUGCGCGUUCGUUGGAAACAACGAUGUGUUGGUUGAGAUCCUGGCACGCAUGUCGUCAACUGAGAUCCUAAAAGCGCUGAAUCGACAAAACAACAACGGCUGGACGCCGUUGCUGAUCGCUUGCCAUCAGGGGCACGCCGACAUGGUCAACACCCUGCUCGCCAACCAUGCCAGGGUCGAUGUGUUCGACAACGAAGGAAGGUCGGCUCUGCAUUUGGCUGCCGAGAGGGGCUAUUUGCAGGUAUGCGAUGCCUUACUCACACACAAGGCGUUCAUCAACAGCAAAUCGAGGGUUGGAAGAACGGCUCUUCAUUUAGCUGCAAUGAAUGGAUAUGCCAACCUUUGCAAAUUUUUAGUGCAAGACCACAACGCGACUAUCGACGUGUUGACGCUCCGCAAGCAGACGCCCCUCCACCUGGCGGCCGGCUUCGGUCAGCUGGAGGUGUGUCAGCUGUUGCUCGACAUGGGGGCCAGCAUAGACGCCACCGACGACCAAGGCCAGAAGCCCAUUCAUCAGGCAGCGCAGAACAAUUUCAGCGAAGUCGCCAAACUGUUUCUGCAGCAGCAUCCUAGUUUGGUCAUGGCUUUCACUAAGGACGGCAAUACGUGUGCCCACAUAGCAGCAAUGCAGGGCUCGGUGAAGGUGAUCGAGGAGCUGAUGAAGUUCGAUCGCACGGGAGUCAUCUCGGCACGGAACCGCAUCACGGAGGCCACGCCCCUCCAGUUGGCGGCCGAGGGAGGUCAUGCCGACGUCGUCAAGGUCCUCGUCAGGGCGGGGGCCUCUUGUGCCGACGAGAAUAAGGCUGGAUUCACAGCAGUGCAUUUAGCAGCACAAAACGGUCACGGCCAAGUGCUGGAGGUGAUGAGAUCUUCCCAGUCGCUCAGAAUAUCCAGUAAAAAGCUCGGAGUCACAGCUCUGCAUAUAGCUGCUUAUUUCGGCCAAGCUGACACGGUGAGAGAACUGUUAGCCCAUGUGCCGGCCAUAGUGAAGUCAGACCCGCCGUCUGGGUCUAGCCUGGUGGGUGAGCUGGGUAACGAGUCAGGCAUGACCCCUCUCCACCUCGCCUCCUACUCGGGCAACGAGAAUGUCGUCAGGCUCCUGCUCAACUCAGCCGGGGUGCAAGUCGAGGCAUCCACCACCGAAAACGGCUAUAACCCUCUGCACCUGGCGUGCUUCGGAGGUCACAUAGCCGUUGUGGGUCUACUGCUUAGCAGGUCGGCCGAACUAUUGCACAGCUCUGACAAGCAUGGCAAGACUGGGCUACAUAUAGCAUCCACGCAUGGCCACUAUCAGAUGGUCGAGGUCCUGUUGGGUCAGGGUGGCGUCAUUGAUGCCACGGACAAGAACGGUUGGACGCCGCUGCACUGUGCGGCUAGAGCGGGUUGCUUCGAGGUGGUGAAGCUGCUAGUUGAGUCUGGUGCCUCGCCCAAGUCGGAGACCAACUACGGCUCGGCCCCCAUCUGGUUUGCGGUCAGCGAAGGUCACAAUGACGUACUCAUGUACCUCAUGAACAAGGAGCAUGACACGUACAAUCUUAUGGAGGAUCGCAGGUUUGUGUUCAACCUGAUGAUAGCUGGCAAAAAGUACAACGACAAGCCAAUCUCGGAGUUCAUCCUGGUGUCUCCGGCGCCCGUUGACGUUGCUGCGAAACUCUCAAAUAUCUAUGUCAAUUUGUCCAAUAAGGAAAAAGAACGCGCGAAAGAUUUGAUCGCGGCGGGCAAGCUGUGUGAAAACAUGGCGACCGAGUUGCUAGCUUUGGCCGCCGGGGCGGAUACGGCUGGUCGCAUCCUGACCGCCACUGACCGCCGGAACAUCGAGUUCCUGGACGUCCUCAUCGAGAAUGAACAGAAGGAGGUCAUCUCGCACACGGUCGUGCAAAGGUACUUGCAGGAACUUUGGCAAGGGAGCCUAGGCUGGGCGGCGUGGAAAACAAUGCUACUCUUCAUCACGUUCAUAUUCUGUCCACCCGUCUGGGUAUACUUCACUCUAUCCCUGGGCCACAAGUACUACAAAAUCCCCAUCAUCAAAUUCAUGUCCUACCUCACCUCACACAUAUACCUCAUGUUCCUACUUAUGUUCACUGGUAUCACGCCCAUAUACCCUGUGGUCAGACCCACCAUAUUCAUCCUAUACUGGUAUGAAUGGGGGCUGUUGGUAUGGCUGUCUGGGUUACUACUGUCUGAGCUAACAAACCCCAGCGAUAAGACAGGGUUGGGCUGGAUUAAACUAACGGUACUUCUCAGUGGUAUCGGGGGUGUGGCUGUACAUUUGCUGGGGCAUUUUGUCGAGAAACCCUACUGGCCCACGCUGUUUUAUUUGCGUAACCAAAUGUUUGCGCUAGCUUUUCUACUGGCCUGUGUGCAGAUUUUGGACUUUUUGUCGUUCCAUUACCUGUUCGGACCCUGGGCCAUCAUUAUCGGUAACCUCAUGAAGGACUUGGGCCGGUUUUUGGCGGUUCUCGCCAUUUUUGUGUUCGGCUUUUCGAUGCAUAUUGUGGCGCUCAACCAGCCCUUCAAGAACCAGACACCUGAGGAGGUGAAAAAAGGAGUCAAGCCGAACCAGGGUCUUGGAAAUGGCAUUUUCGCUGAAGAUCUAAAUGCAACUGUGUCGACGGAUGUCCUCCAAUUGAGUCAGACUACUUCAGAAAAUGUUGAAUUGUGUCCGCGCUAUUCCAAACAAAGAGGCUGUCGAAGGCCCGAAUCGCCUGGUUUGGUGAUGAAUCCGACGCAGGCGUUUGAGUUCCUAUUCUUCGCCGUUUUUGGCCAAACGACGCCCGAGGUUCUGAGAGUGAAGGCGUCCCUACAACCUGAGUGGACGCUCUACCUCUACAAACUGGUUUUCGGCGUCUACAUGUUGGUCUCAGUAGUUGUACUCAUCAACCUUCUCAUUGCUAUGAUGAGUGACACCUACCAGCGGAUACAGGCCCAAUCAGACAUAGAAUGGAAGUACGGUUUAGCAAAACUGAUUAGAAAUAUGCACAGGACAACAACCACUCCGUCGCCCAUCAACCUGGUCACCACCUGGCUCGUCUAUUUGAUUCAACUUUGCAAGAAGCGUUUGAGCCAGAAAAAGAGGCCAAGUCUGGUGCAAAUGAUGGGCGUUCAGCGAUCGACCAGAAUGAGCGCACGUUCCAAAAUGGGCGCCAAAUGGCUGGCCAAGGUCAAGAAGGGUCAAGUCGCGCCUCAAAAAGACUCAGUAACGCUGUCAGUGGUGCACCUGAGUCCGCUGGGAUCGCAGGCAAGCUUCUCGAACGCAGCGACCAGAAUCGAGAACAUCACCGACUGGGAGGCAAUCACCAAGAAGUACCGCGCCCUGGCCGGCGAGUUGGUCGAGGAUGGAGGCGGGGAAGAUGGCGGCGUGGAUGCGACCGGGUCGCAGAUGGCCAACGAGGAAGUGCCGCCUGCCUAGAGGGUAGUAGCCUACCCUAAGGUGGCAGAGAAGGUGGAGGAGGGAAGCUGAAGAAGAAGAAGAAGACAGGAGAAGAAGAAGAAGAAGAAGAAGAAGACAUGAGAAGAAGAAGACAGGAGAAGAAGAAGAAGACAGGAGAAGAAGAAGAAGAAGACAGGAGAAGAAGAAGAAGAAGAAGAAGAAGAAGAAGAAGAAGAAGAAGAAGAAGAAGAAGAAGAAGAGAAGAAGAAGAAGAAGAAGAAGAAGAAGAAGAAGAAGAAGAAGAAAAGGUAACUGAGAAAGCGGAAGGUAGCUGAGGUGGAAGAGAAGGUAAAAGGUAUAAGAGAAACUAGAUAAGAAGGUAGAGGAUAUCAAAGAAGUUAGCAGAGAAAAGAAUUUAGAAAAUAGCUGAGAAAGUAGCAAAGAUGGUGACUGGUAAGUAAAGGGUGUAAGAGAAUACUAGGUGUGUUUUUUUUUCAUUUUUAAUCAAGAUUAUAAAGCUGAAUUGAUAAGGAUAAUUGAGUUGAAUAUGUGAUCUAAUAUGAGAAAAUACUGUAGGAUAAUAAUAAUUGAGGGAACACGACAUCAUAGAAAAUGAGAAUUUAAUUGAAAUUCUCAAUUCGAACAAAAGCAAUAUAAAGUGCAAUAACAAAAUUUAUGAAAAAAUCAUUAUAGGUUGUCUACCAAACAUAAUUUCUGAAAAUUUCUUGGAGGAGUUGUGAUUUCAAUGACAACUACUGGGAAAUGUGAUUUCAUUGAUUUAUUUUCAUUUAUGAGAUAUUUAUAACUCUCAAAUAAGAUCGGUAAAUACUGUAUAUCAAAAAAGAGUGUUAUCACACAAUGAAUUUUUGAAGUAAAACAUUUUUUGGACAUUAUGUAAAGCAAAUAUGUAAUCAAAAUACUAUAUGAACUUCUCAGUGUUUGAAGUCGAUGAACAGAAUAAUAAUUGUUCAAAUACUGCAUUACAUAUCAAAAAUAAUCUAGAGCUCACUGAAAUAUGUCAGGUAAUUUGAUUGAUAGAAAUCUUGAUAUAGCUAACAAUAUUAGUAGACUCACUUGAAUAGUUACUGAAAUUUGUAUCUACUAUUUAUGUAAAUGAUAGUGGAAUGUAUUGUGGAGGUAUGUAAGAUAUACCAUUCUAAUUCAUUCCAAAGGGACCUACAUAAUAUUUUGUUGAAUUAUAAUAAAUAAUUUUAAAUGUUGAAUAGUAAAUAAAUUCCGACAACAAAACGAAUAUAAUCAAAAUGUUUUUACAGUAUUGAUAGAUCUUGUGUGAAUAAUUGAUAUAACUGUAUAUUUUUUAAUGCAUUUUGUACCUGGAAGUUGUGUUAGUGUGUAUUAGCGAAAAAUGUACAAGUAAUUUAAGACAAAUCCAAUCUAGAUUGCUUCAGCUUAAUAGCAAAUGUUUUCUACUAGUCUCAUGAUGUGAAUUUUAUAUUGAUGUAACAGUUUUUGAUUACUGCUUUGUAAUUAUGCGAUAUUGCUACAGAGAAUUACGAAUAAAAUUUUAAUGUGUCA